UCUUCGCGAGAGCAUCGUGCACGUCGCGCCCCAGAGCAGAGACGCAUCGCGGCCCAGUCGGGCGCGCACCGGUCGCGAGAGGAGACCGAGAGAGGAUCGAGAGCACUCGCGUCCGCGCGCGCGCGCGACACGCGCGACUCGCGCGACUCGCGCGUCUCCCGCGGAGGUAUUCGAGCCGGGGGCCGAGAGCGAGCGUCCGACCGGCGGUCGCGCGGUCGACGGUGCUACUUAUAGGAGGACUCGGGCUCGCUCCCGAAUUCCGCGGCUCGCCCGUGCCGGAUGAGAAUCGAGGGUCAUCGCCGAGGAGGACAGCAGCGGGUCCGGGGCGGACCCAGGGCCCGAAGCACGGCACCGAGCGACGUCGGAGUCUCGCCCGGGGCGGAGGAGCCGCGAGGGGAAACCGGCCGAGGAGGGUUCCCUCGCCGCCUCGUGGUGCAGCAAUAAUAUUGUUUCCCGCGCGCACUGCGGAUUGGCUGCGGCGCUCCGCGAGUACGAGUACGGACUGUUUUACGGGCGAGCGAGUGUGGGGGGCGAGAGGGAGGAGGGGGCGGGAGUUGUUUCAUUCAUAAAAAAGUUCUUUAUUGCUGCGAGCGCAUGUGCCGCUACUCGGCGACGAACCUCCCCCGAGCUCGCUAGUCUCCCGCGGGCCGGCGUCGCGGCGCCGCCGGGCCCAUGCUAGGGGCCCCGCGCGCUCUCCCCGGGACCUCGCAGACCCCCACCGACGCAGCGCCCUCGAGGUCGGUCGACCGGUCGUCGACGACCUAGCCGGCGCCGCCGUCACCACCACCACCCAGCGGAGACCCAGCGUCGGUAACCUGGACCUGUCGGCGCGCGCGGAGAUCGCCGCGAUCUCCGGCGUCUCCGGGAUCGCCGGCGUCAUCCCCGCCUACCGGGACUUCGGGACAGCCGACGACGCGGCCGCGGAGGACCUCUCCCUCGAGGAGCGCGUCUACGGGAAGGAGGGCCGACUCGGGAUGCGGGGCGAGUCGGCGCGGCCCGGGAAGCGGCCCCUGCGGGCCCUCUCGGCCUCCGAGAAGAUGGACGCCAUCCAGAGGGUGCACGAGGGCGAGAGCAAGGCCUCGGUCGCCCGGGACAUCGGCGUGCCCGAGUCGACGCUGCGCGGCUGGUGCAAGUCCGAGCACAAGAUCCGCGGCAUGGCCAGGAACUCGUCCACCCCCGACAGCGAGGCCCACUCCCCGGCGUCCUCGUCGGGCACCAACGCGGGCGCCGGCGGGGGCGGCGGCGGCCUGGUGGCCGGCGCCGCCAACCUUUCCAGCGAGGACGAGGGCCCCUCCUCGGCGAAGCGGCAGAAGCUCGACCGGACGGCGGUCGGACCCUACGGCGCCGUCGAGAACGGCGAGCUCGGCGACCCGGGCGCCAAGCUGGACGGCAAGCCGAAGAUCGACUACGUGGGACUGAUGACCAGUAUGGCGGGCAUGCGGCCCGAGAACAGUUCGCUGCUCCUGCAGCAGCUGGGCCUGCUGUCGAGCGCCAAGAGCCUCCUGAGCAUGCCGGCCGGCGGCGGCGGCGGCGCCGGCGGGGGUGGCGGCCUGGCGCACGGCGCCGCGGUCGGCGGCGCAGCCGGGGCCGCGACCGGCAGCGCGGCGGUCGGCCUCGUGGAGAACGGGCUGCGCUACACCAAGGCCAGCAAGCGGCACAGCCUGUCGGCGGUCGCCCCGACGCAGAUGGACGCCGUCGCCAAGUCGGGCUCGCGGAAGAGCCUGCCGCCCGCGGCCGAGGCGCCCUCCACGCCCGUGCCGGCCUCGCCGCGGAAGACGGGCGCCGAGCCGGCGAGGGCGGCCGCGCGCCGCGACGGCGGGGGCAACCGGAAGGUCGACGAGGCGCUGUGGCUCUGGCUGACGCAGCAGCAGCAGCUCAUCGGGCAGCAGUCGGCCGCCUUCAGCCCCGGGGCCAACCAGCAGGACGGCUCCUGGUUCUGGCAGUGGUACAAGCAGUGCAGCUUCCCCAUGGUCAGCCCCACGCCCCUCGCCCAGUCGCCCUCCACCCCCGUCGCGAGGAAGUCGCCCACCAAGGCCCGGGCCCUGCUCGACAACGUGCUGUGCAAUAACAACAACAACAACAACGAGAACGCCAAGCGCAGCCUGCACGCCGAGGAAGAGGACGAGGCCGCCGACUCCGGGGACCCGGCCUGCACCACCGAGGAGGCCAUCGAGCACGGGGAAAAGUUCUUCAAGUGGUUGGACAAGUGCUCCGAGCCCGCGGUGACCAGGCUGCAGAUCAUGCAGUUCAAGUACCUUUUGGACAACCUCAAGACGUGUAGGAAGAAGUCAUCUAAUUUAAAGCAGAGCAGAAAGUAGAUUUACCGGUGCUGUGAUGACGUACGUCGGGGGAAACGGAGACCAAGCGCGCGCGAGAUCCACCCGGAGAGAGGGCUCGGAGACGAGGGCGGGCGGAGUCCCGCUUCCCGCGCUCCGGUGGAGAUUGGAUAGAGUUUUAGUUACCUCGAAGAUUGGGCCGAAUCAAAAUAGAUCGUACGGUUCUUUUUUUUAAAUAUUGUAUAUAAGAGAUUAUACCAAAUUUCUCUCGAAACUGUUGUAAGGUUAAGAGGACGGUAGAAGUUUAUCGUUAUUCCACUACUCGUAGCGUAGAGAAGCGGGUGGGAUUGCUUUCGGGACGGACUCUUUCGAUGGGAUUCUUUCGGGUUAACGUUUCGAGAUCCCGCGCGAUGGACGUUGGUCGCGCCCGAGUGCCCGUUGUCCUUUGCGGUCGAUAACCGAGAUCGGAAACAUCGAGCACUUCUGGAUGUUUACGUCGACCAGGGACUCGACGAUGUUACGAUGACGUCUACGUGCCACGCAUAUCCCGGUUACGUUGUAUCGCGGACAAAAGUUGUAUCGGUUAUCGCGUCUUACCAAUGUACGUUUCGUUUCUCGGUUUUUGUCAUUUUGUAUCGUUUACUCAGGGGAGGUGCGAGGGCAAGUAGAGAUUCGAGCCGAGCAACGUCUA